GCCGUCGCCUUCGCUCAGCAGUAUCAGUAUCUCAUCCGUCACGGCGAGAAACCUGCCAAUGGCAGUCAAGGCCUCACCGCGCAAGGCGAAGAGCGUGCCGAAUGCCUCACCAACGUCUUCGGUCCCGCUUCGACAUACAACAUCGGGUACAUCAUGGCCGAGACACCCAAGUCAAAUGGUGAUCGCACCCGCCCGCUCGAGACCGUAACGCCUUUGGCAGAAGAGCCUGGGCUGACGGUCGACAUCUCCUGCGACAGGGAUGACCCAGCAUGCGUUGCUGCUGCCGUAUGGGCGUACCAGAACCAGACUGGUGCAGGGAAUGUUCUCAUUUGCUGGGAACAUGCCGAACUCACGGAGAUCGCUACUUCCCUCAGGGUUGCCGAUGCGCCUACCUACCCUUCCGACGAUUAUAACCUCAUCUGGACGAUCAUUCAGGGCGAUUUCAUCUCGACCACGUCGGAAGACUGCCCCGGGCUCGAC